ACCGUGUCGGUUUGUGAACAUUCAGGGUUUUAAUUUGGCCCAAAUGGAAAUGAGUUUGAUGCCCUGAUAUCUGGGAUAAAAACAAGAGAAUCCUGGACUAUUUUGAAUGUAAACAAGAAUAAAGAGUGAGAUAUUUGGUGGUGGAAUGAUGUCACACCACCAGUGAUGGAAGACUCUGUGAUGUCACCGUCACAGGCUGUGAUGUCAUCAACUGCAGAAUUGUAUGCAACACAAUUCUGCAUAUUUUUCAUUGCUCGCAAUAACACUGACCAGUUCAGACGUUCGCAAAGCUCUUUAGAGAAGUUUACAGAUCAACGAUUGUAGUGAUUGAAUUAGAAAAUGUCUCAUCAAUCACCGAGAUUCAACAGUGGAUCGAUGGGAUCCCACUGGAGACGGGGAGGCCAGCAAAACCCCCCAGGCAGGUUCCCUCCUGCACACCCGACUGUCUUCCACGGGGAAAUUCAGCGACUCAACUACCUCCUGGAAAUGGAGAGAGCCGGAAGGGACCAAAAACUGUCCCACCUGGAGGCCGAACUGGAAGAGACAAAACUCCAGUUAAAGAAACAGAAAGAUCUCAAAGAAUCUUUCAUCAACCAGGCCAAAGAGGCAAAGAGGGAACUAGAGAGAUUAGAGAAGUUCAGUGACCCAGCAGUCCUUAACGCUGCGGUCAUUGCUUCCAAGGUUCACAGUGACGUGAAAUACAUGAACAAGAAGUCCUUGCAGCAAGUCUUUGAGGAGUUGAAGGUGGCCCACCUCCUCAGCCGGGAAGCUUUUGUAGCUGAAGUACAGGCUGAGAGAAAGAAAAGUGCGGCGCUCCAAGAACAACUGGACCAACUCCAGACUUCCUUCGAGGAGCUGAGCUCCAAGCAUGAAGCCAACGAUGCUCUGCUGACGAAGGAGGCAGAGACACAAAAGAUUCAUGAAGCGAGGCUUCAUGAGGAACAACAACUGCUGAACAACCUGAGAGCCGAAAAAGACCAAAUGUUUCUGGAAAUGUCCCUAAAGAUCGAGUUCCUGCAAAACAGCGAGCAACUUCUGCAAGAAGAACUGACUCAGCUCAGACGUUCAUACAGUGAACUGAACUGUCGAUAUGAAAAUGACGUUUCUGAACUGAAGCAAGACGCUGAAAGAUAUCAGGAGGAGCUGAGACAGGAGAAACACGCCAACAUUAAAAGAGAGAAGGAGAAUCUGCAGCUCAUCAAAGAUCUGAGAGCCGAGAAGGCGGAGCUCUCCCUAAACAUGUCAGAAGAAAUCACCAUCCGACAGAAGAGGGAGAAACAGCUGCUCCAAGAACUGGAUCAGGUUCACCUUUCAAACCAGGAGCUAAAAUGUAGAUUUGAACAACACAUCAUGGACAUACAACAACAGAUGAAGGAGGAGAGAAAAGAUCACAUGGAGAAAAUAGAGGAGGACAAAGUGAUUCUGGACACCAUGAGAGCAGAGAAGGAGGAGCUCCUCCAGAAAAUGUCAGAAGACCUUAUGGAUUUACAGCAGGAGGUCGAAACUUACAAGCAGCAGAUCGAGCAGGAAAGAAAAGCUCACCUGGAGAAAACAGUGGAGGACAAGAUGGUUCUGGACAAUCUGACAGCUGAAUAUGCCAUCCUCCAGGAAAACAAGACAACAGAAAUCAAAUUCCUGCAGGACAAGGAAAGGAGCACCCAGGCUGAGCUGGAGGAGAUCUGCAGUCCAAUCCUGGUACUUCUUAGCACUGCCACCUUGCAGCCAGAACCUCCUGGACUCUUUCUGCAUGGAGUUUGUCUGUUGUCUCCAUGCGUCCAUAGCUGUUCACCAGAUACUCCAGCAAUUUCCAUCCCAGUAUUGCUCAUCAGAUGAACUUCUUGCACCAAAUUACCCUUCAAACUGAUCCUUCUCAUGUCUUGUGUUGCCUUAUCUUGCUUUACUGUAUUAAGAAGGUAAAUUGUGUGUCUUAAGCAGUUGAUCAAAAUUUAAAGUAUUUUUUUAAGUAAAUUGGACCAGAUUAUAUUACAAAGCACAUAGACCAUAAAUGAAACAUAAAACUCUGUUACUGCAAUUCAUGCAAAGGUUUCUGUAAUACUUGCAUCAUUUUCUCUUUUUCUUUUUUUGUCAGUAGUUCCAUGCAGUCUUUCAUCCCAGGCCAGUCUUUGCUUGUUCCUCGACCAUAUUUGUCACAUCACAUUGUGUUCUGGUUUGCAUUCACAUCUUUCUGCUGCACAAUUAUCUUUGAUCUUUGAGUGAUAAGAGUGGCCCUGAAUCUAAAGGUUCGCCUCGACUUUGAGCUCAUUUUAUUCAUGAGAC